AUAACUGAUAUUAUUUUUAAUAUGCUAUGAAUUGUUUGCAGGAAAUGAAUAUCGGCAAUAAAAUAUACCUAAAAGACAUUGAACAUAUCGCUGAUGAUUCACAUAUCAAACUACGGGUGUUAAAGAUUUGGAAUUUUAUAAAAAAUAACCAGGUUUUAUCGACUGAAAUGAUCAUCAUGAACGAGGAGGCUGGCGACAGUUUGCACCUAUUUCCAAAUCAAAUGAACGUCUUGAAAAACCGGAAAUUUGCCUUUCUUGUAGAUAGUACACCCUACAAUGUUACCAACUAUAACAUCUACAUCACUGUCAAACUUACAGAAGAUGUCUCCAUUGUUUCCGAAUUAGAAAGUAAACUAGAACUUAUGAGUGUUCAAUCAGUCUUCUUAAAUGAAGUAUCACUGCAAUCAGAUGAUGUUGUUCAGAAUGUUGAAAAUGAUGUGAUAUCACAAACGGAUGAGAGUUUUACUCCCUCAACAGUUGAUAAAUCAUCCGCAACAAGUCCAAUGAAAAUAUCAGGUGGUUUGAAGCGCGACCUACAUGACAUUUAUGAUGGUGGUGGAUUUGAUUUCAGUUCAACAAAAUCUAAAAGAAAAUCAAUGGGAGAGGGAAAUUCACUUUUAGUUCCAAAAGUGGAAAAGUGA